GACCUCCUGCUGUACAGGUGGACUGAGGCUCCGGAGGCAGACAUGUUGUCGUUCAUGACGGUGAAUCUGGGCUUCCUGCUGAGCUGCUCCACGCUGAUCCAAUGUUCAGUCUUCAUCGACCAGCCGACGGCUGUGCAGGUGCUGCAGUCCUCCACUAGGUGGCGCCGUGCCAACUCCUUCAUCCUGGAGGAGAUGCUGCCAGGAAACCUGGAGAGGGAGUGUUACGAAGAGCGCUGCUCCAGAGAGGAGGCCGCCGAGAUCUUCCAGACCCACGAAACCACAAUGGAGUUCUGGUACAGAUACCAACAUCUGAACCCGUGCCGGACCAACCCCUGCCUUAACGGGGGAAUCUGCAGUCAGGACCGGCAGGAGUUUCUGUGUCUGUGUCCUCCCAGGUUCCGCGGGAAAACCUGCGACUCGGAGGUGUUGGAGUGUCGCUAUGGGAACGGUGGCUGCCUGCAGUACUGCCAAGACCUGCCAGAGGGCGCUGGAGUUCAGUGUGGCUGUGCUGACGGAUUUAAACUGGAGGCUGAUGAAAAGAGCUGCACACCAACAGUGGAGUUUCCCUGCGGCCGCCAGCAGAUGGCAGCGUUGCACUACGGUCGCUCCCUGUUGGAUCUCCUGGAGGACACCAACGUUACCAUGGCAACAGACCAGAACGGCACCAACAGCGAAGUCCAUGAACACAACUCAACAGAACCGUCAGAGGCAACAAACUCAACGUCAGGUGGGUACCAGACGGAGGGACAAAUGGAGGAGAAUAUUUCGACUCGUAUUGUGGGAGGAAACCUGGAGAGUCGAGGAGGAAGUCCCUGGCAGGUUCUGGUCCACAGGUCGGACGGGUCCGGGUUCUGUGGAGGAACCCUGGUUUCAGAGCGUUGGGUUGUUUCUGCAGCUCACUGCUUUGAGGACUCAGCGGACCACGUCACUGUAGGUGACUACGAUAAAAAACGUCCUGAUCCAGACGAGCAGAAGAUAAAGAUCCAGCAGAUCGUCGCUCAUCCUCAUUUCCACUCCUACACCUUCGACAGCGACAUCGCCCUGCUCUACCUGGCCCGGCCGGCCCUCAGGGGCCCCACCGCGGUCCCCGCCUGCCUGCCGGACCCUCACCUGUCCAGAUACCUGCUGAGGGAAGACACCCGGGGCGUGGUGACGGGGUGGGGCGCCACGCAGUACCUGGGCAGCUCCUCCCGCUUCCUGAGGAAGGUGACCCUGCCGGUGGUCAGCUACCAGGCCUGCUCUGCCUCCACCGAACAGGUGAUCACAGACAACAUGUUCUGUGCAGGUUACCUGGAGACCAACAUGGACGCCUGCAGCGGAGACAGCGGCGGGCCGUUCGUGGUCCACUACCGAGGAACCUGGUACCUGACCGGGAUCGUCAGCUGGGGGGAGAAAUGCGCCGCGCGGGGGAAGUACGGCGUUUACACCAGGCUGGGAAACUUCCUGGGCUGGAUCAGAGACACCAUGCAGAGGGUGGAGCGGAACCAGACUCUGAGCUGAUGAGGCUUUAACUGGACCGCACCGGGACCACCAUCAUCAUCAUCAAACCUCAGCGGACCUAAAAGAGUCAAAUCAUCCUUUUCUAUCAGAGACAGAAAGUUUGUCAGCUUAAACUCAAUGUUUUUUAAUAACAGUUUUUAUUUGUUUUUUGUGCAAAUAGUUUCAACAUUUAUUGGAGAUGCAACAAAAAGCUGAAGGAUUGUUUAGGUUCUCCGUCCUGCAGGCAGCAGGAUGUGCAGGUUUAAUAAUCCAGAGCUUAUGGGAUGUUUUCAUAAAGGCUUAAUGGAUUCAUCUGAUGCUGCUUUUAAUAAACAGAUUUUUACAGAAAACCUCA